UAUUCCUUACGUCGAAUGUGGUUUGUAAUACGUGAUGCGUGAUAUGUAUUAUUUAGAAUUGAAUCGAAUUAAACGAAACCAUGCAAGCUUUACACUUUUUUUACAAUAGCAAUGUACUUUAUAAUUGCCUAUAACUGAAACACAAUUGUGUUACACCGAUACUUAAUAUAAGCAAUAUUACUUGCUGAUUAUUUAAGCUGCGGCGUGUAUAAAACUGUAAGUAUGUAUAGAUUUCUAAUUAGGCGAACAAUAGUCACAAGUGGGGUUCAGAGAAACAAUAAUAACAAACUAGCUAAAACUGUCAAGUCAACAACUACGCAAUCGAAAAAACGACACAAAUAUUCGGAAACUAUUUUACUUCCACGAACUAAAUUUCAAGUGCAACUUAACGGAAAAGAGCGAAUAGAAAAAGAUGAAUAUUUAACUAAGAAGUGUGGAUUUUCCGAAUUGUACGAAUGGCAAAGGAAACAUUUGCCAGGACCAGAUUUUAUUUUACACGACGGGCCUCCUUAUGCAAAUGGAACUCCACAUAUGGGACAUGCUAUCAAUAAGAUUCUUAAGGAUAUAACGUUAAGGCAUAAGGUUGUGUGUGGAAAUAGAGUGCAUUAUGUACCAGGCUGGGAUUGUCAUGGAUUGCCAGUUGAGUUAAAAGCCAUUCGUAAUAAUGCCCAAGUGGACCCUGUGGAGAUUAGGAAGAAAGCCCGCAAGUACGCUAAGGAAGCUAUUGUCAAGCAGAAAGAAGCAUUUCAAUCGUGGGGUGUGAUGGCUGAUUGGAGCGAGACUGGAUGUUAUUUUACCAAUCGGUGUUCGUACAUGAAGAAUCAACUUUAUCAGUUUGUAAAGUUGUAUGAGAAGGGUACUGUGUUUAGGGAUUUUAUGCCAGUCUAUUGGUCUCCCUCCUCGAGAACAGCACUAGCGGAAUCUGAAUUAGAAUAUAAUCAACAGCAUCGAAGUAAAGCUGUGAUUAUACGUUUACGUGUUGAUAAUCUUCCAGAAAAAUUAAAUUCGUUUAAUAAUCGUAUGGUAUAUGCAUUAAUAUGGACUACUACACCGUGGAGUUUAGUAGCCAACGAAGCUUUAGCUUUUUCUGCGGAUGCUAUGUAUAGUCUUGCCGAAGACGAUAAAGGUAACUUGAACAUUGUUGCCGACGAAUUAUUAAAAGCUACCGAAUUGAAAGUUGGUCCUUUGAGACCGGUAAUAAGCUUCGAAGGUGGAGAAUUGGAGGGUAGCAUGUAUUUUCAUCCUUUGAAGGAAGAGAAGAAAUGUCCUUUUUUAGCCGCACGUCAUGUUACGACAAACAUCGGAACGGGUUUAGUUCAUACUGCUCCUGCACAUGGUCCGGAAGAUUUUUUGGUCGCACUUGAAAAUAACAUUGAUGUUUUGUCUGUGGUAGACGAGGAAGGUCGGUAUACGGAAGCAGCUGGUUCAGAUUUCCAUGGAUUAGAGGUAUUAACAGAGGGAGUGGAUAAAGUGUUGAAGAUAGUGGCUCGGGAUGCGUUGCAUGUCGAAACAAUUACGCACAGUUACCCGUAUGAUUGGCGAACCAAACAGCCAGUUCUUAUCCGUGCUAGUAGUCAAUGGUUUAUUGAUAUAAAUUCUAUCAGGGAAAAAGUAGUUGAUAGCAUUGCGGAUGUAAAGAUAUAUCCUAGAUGUAAUCGUACAUCUUUUACAAAUGCUUUACUUGCUGGAGUAAAGAAUCGACCGUACUGGUGUAUUUCGCGACAACGUUCUUGGGGAACACCUAUACCGGUACUUUAUAGUAAAACAACAGGCAAACCAUUUACGAACAUAGAAUUAGUUGAGCGUUUAUGCAAAUCGAUAGAUCGAUAUGGUCCUGAUUGUUGGUGGGAAUACUCGGUGAAAGAAUUAAUAGGAUUAGACGUAUUUAAAAGGAUGAACAUUGCUGUGGACGAUGUAGUGAAAGGAAAGGAUAUUAUGGACAUUUGGUUUGACAGUGGAAUUUCAUGGUCGAUAGUUCCACCUGAAGGAAAAGCAAAUCUUUGUUUAGAAGGUUACGAUCAAUUUGGUGGUUGGUUCCAAUCGUCUUUAAUAACAUCUGUAGCUUUACAGGAAUGUUCGCCUUAUAGUGCGUUAUUUGUACAUGGAUUCGCAGUCGAUGAAAACUGUUUAAAAAUGUCAAAGUCUGUAGGAAACGUAAUAAAUCCCGAACAACUCUUAUUGGGUGGAUCUAAUUUGGAAAAAAAUCCAAUAUAUGGUGUCGAUGUUUUAAGGUGGUGGGUAGCUAAUCACGGAUCUCAAAAUACACAAGUGCCAGUUUCAAAAAAUGUAUUGGAUGGAUGUAAACAAUGUAUUCAUAAGCUUCGUUUAAUGCUGCGCUUCCUUCUGGGUGUACUUCAUCCUUAUCGUGAAGUUAUAAAUUUCGAACCUCGAUAUCGAAUUAUUGACAAACAUAUGUUAUACUUAUUGUAUCGUUACAAUGAACAGAUGCAGCAACAUUACAGCAACUAUGAGUAUCACAAUGCUGGUAAAAUGAUCACGCACUUCGUAGCGAAUGAUGUGUCGGCCCUUUAUUGCACUUUAAUAAAAGAUAGACUGUAUUGCGAUGAGAUAAUGUCUUCGAGUCGUAUCGCAGCCGUACAAGUUGUAAAAGAAAUUUUCAAUGUUCUUGUAAGAACCGUUGCCCCAAUUAUCCCGCAUUUAGCAGAAGAAGUAUGGCUAUACUAUUCCGAAAGUCAGGCGUCGAUACCACUACACUGUACACAAUAUAAGGUAUCGGAGUCUUGGAAUGAUCCCGAAUUCGUAAAAUGCAUGGAUGUGGCCCUUCGAUUGAGGAAUAACGUUUUGAAUAUCGUUGAUAAAAAUACGUGGAAACUGUACGGCAUUGUAAAAGCCACGAGAGAAGAUUUCUGUUUGCUUUCUACUCUUCACAACGAGAAGCAACCAUCUACGUCCGAAUUGUGUGAAAUAUUGCAACUGUCUUCGGUAACAUUGAUCGAAGAUCAUACGAUCGAUGAAACGCAAAUUCAAGUUCACGACAUUCCGAAGGCGUUGUGUGAACGAUGUAGGAGGUAUCCUGAAACUGGAGAAGAAAGUGGUUUAUGCUUACGUUGUACCGAAGUACUCGGUAAAGAUAAAUCGAUGGCCGCGGUUGCAUAAUAGAAUGUUUCAGGUGAUA